AUGUGCCCAGCCAGUGAGGUCAGGAGGCGAACUGAAGAUCUGAAGGGAGGUGGCCUCGGCCAGGGGCAAACCUGGCCCUGCAAGGUCCCCGCCUCCGCCCCCACCGACGGGGGAGGAGCGAGGGCUCCGGUGGAUCCUCCCGCGGGCUGUGUGCGCGCUCGGAAUCCAGCUGUCGCCGCCCCGCGGAGCCCCCUGGCCCCGGAGAGCGCGCAUUUCCGGGCCGCCCACCAACGCGCUCGCCUCGGUACCGCUGCAGGGCCGACAGCUGCUCCCGCCCGCUCCGUGGCCGUCCGGCCCCAGUCGCCCCCCGAAAUGCCGGUCGACUUCACCGGGUACUGGAAGAUGCUGGCCAACGAGAAUUUCGAGGAGUACCUGCGCGCGCUCGAUGUCAAUGUGGCCUUGCGCAAAAUCGCCAACUUGCUGAAGCCAGACAAAGAGAUCGUGCAGGACGGCGACCAUAUGAUCAUCCGCACGCUGAGCACUUUUAGGAACUACAUCAUGGACUUCCAGGUUGGGAAGGAGUUUGAGGAGGAUCUGACAGGCAUAGAUGACCGCAAGUGCAUGACCACGGUGAGCUGGGACGGGGACAAGCUGGAGUGUGUGCAGAAGGGCGAGAAGGAGGGACGCGGCUGGACCCAGUGGAUUGAGGGUGAUGAGCUGCACCUGGAGAUGAGAGUGCAGGGUGUGGUCUGCAAGCAAGUAUUCAAGAAGGUGCACUGAAGCCCGAGCAGCCCCGGGCCUCGAGGAAUGAGCAGCAGGACGUGUGGCCGGGAUCCCCCUCUUUGCACCACAUGGGCAGAACGGGCCAGGCGUCUGUCAGCAGAGGCUGUCUCUUGGCUUUGUCUCUUUCCUUUUCUUAAAACGAAGCCAUCCCAAUAAAAGUGAUCUCUGCUCCAGA